CCCGGCGCCCAAGUACAAAACCCACCACCCCUGGCGGCAGCCUGGCUCCCUCUCUCUCUCUCGCUCGGGUCAUCUAUCUAUCUUUCAUCGAUCCACCUCCUCUUCCUCACACGGGCAGACCAGAACAGACCAGCACCAACUCCCUUUCUGCCUUUCUCUUUCACUGCUCACCAUUUCCCGUCGCCCUCCUCCCUCCUUCACCUCAUCCUCUGCGGCAGCUAGCCUAGCAGCGCGCACCUUUGCAGAAAGAAAGAAAGAAAGAAAGAAAGGGAGAAAAGAAAGGCACCUCACCCGAACCCAGCCCAGCCCAACGCCACCACCGAAAACGCACAAAAGCAGAGGGACAUCAGAUCAGGUCGGCCGAUCGAGCGCGCGACGACGAACCCCCUGCAACUGCGAGUGCUCCCUCCCGGCCAGGCGCUCGCAAAGUGCGGGAGCCGCUUCCUUCUCGAUCUCCUCUCCCCCCUGCCCGCCUGUCCCUCCCUCCGCCCCCCUCUCUCUCACACGCACUCUCUCCAGGGCGUCUAGCUUGAGCUACCUACGUCGCGCGGCCUCCGAGGCGGGGCGAGCUUACGUACGUGCUCACUCACGUAGCCGCGCCGCCGCCAUGUCAUCGGCCGCUGGCGGGUACGGGGGCGGCGCCGACCACCAGCACCAGCACCAGCACCAGCACCAGCUGCUGCUUGGCCAGGCCGCUGCGGGGCAGCUCUACCACGUGCCGCAGCACAGCCGGCGCGACAAGCUGCGGUUCCCGCCGGACCCCGCGGACUCGUCACCGCCCACGCCGGGCGCCUGGCCGCCGCCCACGGUGCCCUUCUACUCCUACGCCUCCUCCUCCUCCUCCUACUCGCCGCACAGCCCCACGCUGGCGCACGCGCACGCGCACAACCAGCUCCUGGCCCACGGGAUGCCCGUGGGAGCCCAGAUCCCGAGCCAGAACUUCGCGCUCUCGCUCUCCUCCUCGUCCUCCAACCCUCCGCCUCAGCAGCGGAGGCACCUCGCCGGUGCCACCGGGCCGUACGGCCCCUUCACGGGCUACGCAGCCGUGCUCGGCCGCUCCAGGUUCCUGGGCCCCGCACAGAAGCUGCUAGAGGAGAUCUGCGACGUCGGCGGCCGGCCCUCGCAGCUGGACCGCUGCUCCGACGACGGCUUGCUCGACUUGGAUGCCAUGGACGCCGCCGCCGAGGGCGGCCACGAGAUGGACAGCAGCGACCGCGCUGCCGCUGAGGGCGGCACCGUCUCCGGCGCCGAGCAGCAGUGGAGGAAGACCAGGCUCAUCUCCCUCAUGGAAGAAGUUUGCAAGCGAUACAGGCAAUACUACCAGCAGCUCCAAGCCGUGAUCACCUCGUUCGAGACGGUUGCCGGACUGAGCAACGCCGCCCCCUUCGCCUCCAUCGCUCUCCGGACGAUGUCCAAGCAUUUCAAGUACCUGAAGAGCACGAUACAGAACCAGCUGCGCAACACGAGCAAGGCGGCCGCCGGGAAAGACAGCCUCGGCAAGGAAGAUAUGGCCUUCGGGCUCAUGGGCGGCGGCGCCGCCCUCAUGAGGGGAGGCAACGCCAACGCUUUCAGCCAGCCUCACAACAUCUGGCGGCCACAGAGGGGACUUCCAGAGCGCGCGGUGUCGGUUCUUCGCGCCUGGCUGUUCGAGCACUUCUUGCAUCCGUAUCCAACUGAUAGCGACAAGCAAAUGUUGGCUAAACAGACAGGCUUAACGAGGAAUCAGGUCUCAAACUGGUUCAUCAACGCAAGGGUUAGACUCUGGAAGCCAAUGGUGGAAGAAAUCCACAACCUGGAGAUGCGGCAGGGGCAUAAGAGCUCGGGCGCCGACAAGAAUCAGCUCGGCAGCGCGCAGCAGCAAAUGCAACAGCACUCGCCGGACAGCAGCGGGAGGCCUUCCGAUCCUUCAAACUCGCAGCAAGCCGGGCAAAGCAGCAGCGGCAUGACACAGAACCGCGGAGGCAACCACCAAGCCCAUCGGCACGUCCAGAACGAGCUCUCUCCGAUGACCCAUGACAUGCCGGGACAGGUGAGCUUCGCGUACAACGGCGGUGGGCUGGCCGCGCACCACCACCACCACCACCACAGCAUGGCACUGUCACACCCCCAUCAGCAGGUCGAAGGCGGCGCCGGAAGCAGCGGCGGCGUCUCCCUUACCCUUGGCCUCCACCAGAACAACCGGGCCUACAUCGCCGAGCCCCUCCCGGCGGCGCUCCCGCUCAACCUGGCGCACCGUUUCGGGCUGGAGGACGUCAGCGACGCCUACGCGAUGGCGGCCUCGUUCGGAGGCCAGGACCGGCACUUCACCAAGGAGAUGGGCGGCCAUCUGCUCCAUGACUUUGUUGGGUGACUGAUGAACCGGAUGAUUCCCGAUUGCUGGGGCUCAUCGGCAUGCAACAUGCAGAUGAGAUGAGAUGAGAUGAUGCUGAUCUGGUCCACAUGUACUGUACUAGAAGUAGGAUGAUGAAGGAGGAAAGGGUGCAUUGGUAUAUAUGCCUCUUGCGUAGACCCUGGAAUGCUGUCAACAUUUGACACUGUGGGGCUACGGAGAGCAUGCACACAAUGCGUAGCGAUGUAUGUACUGCCUUUAAAAGGCCUGUUGUAGCAGCAUGCAGUUCCCUAUUAUUUGUUCUGAUCCUAGAUUAAGCCGCCUUAACCAUGUAUCCCCAUUGAUCAUAUCGAAUUGCAUAUGCGAGUGCUCCCACGGUGGCAAAUAAAGGGUGCUCCGUUUUAUUAA